AUGUUCACCUCGUCUGACCCAAAUUUGACCGAUUUGGAUUUCGAACUUGUGGACGAAUUACAACAAAAUCAAUUUUUAAACGAAGCAAUGAUUAAAGAAUUAUUAUCAUCAUCACCAUCAUCAACAUCACCAUAUCGAAUUGUCAAACCAUCAAGUACAAAUAAACGUAGUGGAACACUUCAAUUACGAAGACAAUUAACUGAUGAUGGUUUAAAUAAACAACGUACACCACCUAAUUCAACUGGCACUAGUUUGUCACCAUUAUCAAGUUCAUAUUUAAGUCGAUUGUCAUCAUCAAAUGACAAUAGCCCAAUACGAACAACGAAUACAGUACGUAUGUCAUCACCAGUAUCAAAUAAUAAUAAUAAUAAUAAUGGACUAUCAACAUCGGCAAAACAAGUAGAUGCAGUUACUUUAUUACUUAAACAGACAAUUGCACCUGCACAACUUAUACAGACUGUUCAAACUCGUCUUGAAAAUCCGACAAGAUAUCAUCUUGAACAAAUGUGUCGUAAACAAAGUUUAGUUGGUGACGAAUCAUCUACAACAAAUCAAAUUGUUUCAUCUCAACCACUUCAACAAGACGCAUCAUCUCCAGAUAGUGAAAUAACUUCUGAAAUGGAUGAUCAACUUAAUGAUGAUACAACGUGUGGAAGUAUUGAUAGUACAUCAUGUGGAAUCAAUAUAACACCUCGAUUAUCAACAACAAUGACUGGUGAUCAUCCUGGUUCAAUAUAUCUUUCAUCAUCAAUUUCAAAAGAUUCUAUGGAUAGUAUUAAUCAUCAUUCAUCAUCUUGUCCAACAAAUAUUUUAAGUGCUAAAGCUAAAAUUGGUUUACCAUUAACAGAAGAUGAAAUGCGACUUGUUUUACGUGAUCGUCAAAAAAAAGAUAAUCACAAUAUGAUUGAACGUCGUCGUCGAUUUAAUAUUAAUGAUCGUAUUAAAGAACUUGGAACUUUAUUACCUAAAGGAACUGAUUUAGAUAGUAAACAAAAUAAAGGUACCAUAUUACGUGCAUCAGUUGAUUAUAUAAGAAUUUUACGUCGUCAAUAUGAUAAUGCAUCAUUAGUAGACGAAAAAUGUCACAUGCUUGCAGAGCAAAAUUUGGCAUUACAAGAACGAGUUCGAGAAUUAGAAAAAAAAUGUUUAUUAAAUGGUAUUCCAAUUAGUUCACCAACAAAAACUUCACCAUCAAUAGCUGUAACAACAUCAAAUAUUGUUAAACAAGAACCAUCAUCAUUAUCAUCAUCAUUCAAUAAUUCAAUAAAUCCAUUAGUACCACCAUCAACACCAAUAUUUGGAGCAAUUGAUACAUAUCCACCACUUGAUUCAUUAUCAUCAUUUGGUAUUGUUGAUGAAGAUAGUAAUGAAAAAACAAAUACAAAUGGAAAUACAAAUAAUAAUAAUGUUGAUCCAUUAUCACCAUUAGUUCAUGAUCCAUUUUUAUCUUCGACAUCAUUUGGUUUUGAUAAUGAAAUGGAUAUUGGAGGAGUCUUUCCGUAA